CGCGCGGGUGGGGUGGGCGUCGUGGGCGGUGGCAGCACAAACAAGCAAACCUUCCAAUUUACUCCUCCCCACCUUCCCAUCCUCCUCCUCCUCCUUCCCCCCUUCCCCAAAUCUCAAAAUUCCCGAUUCCCGUUCCGACCCUCCUGCGCCGUACCAAAGCUCACGAGCACACGCCACGUGAUUCCGAUCCUGCUAGAGGAAUCCCGAGGCUCGGCUUUGCCGGCAUGCGGCGGGGCGGCGGCGCUGCGACGGCCGUUGCGGCUGCGGCGGAGGCGGAGCGGGACGCGGGAGCACGGUUCCGCGGCGUGCGGAAGCGUCCGUGGGGCCGGUACGCGGCGGAGAUCCGCGACCCGGCCAAGAAGGCGCGGGUAUGGCUCGGCACCUUCGACUCCGCCGAGGACGCCGCCCGCGCCUACGACGCCGCCGCGCGCAUGCUGCGCGGGCCCAAGGCCAAGACCAACUUCCCCCUCUCCCUUCCCCAUCACCACCAACUACAGGCCAGCUACUCGCCCUACCCCGUCGCCGCCGCCGCCGCUGUCCCGACGUCGGUCGCCGCGGCGGCGGCCAGGCCAGCCUGCAGCAGCCUGAGCUCCACCGUCGAGUCCUUCGGCGGCCCGCGGGCGCGGCCGGUGCUCCCACCGCGGCCUCCGCCGCCGCCGAUCCUCGACGGUGACUGCCAUAGCGACUGCGGGUCCUCGGCCUCGGUGGUGGACGACGAUUGCGCGGACGCCGCCGCCUCGCCGUCCUGCGGUCUCCUGCUCCCGUUCGACCUCAACCUGCCCCCGGAGUUUGGCGGCGUUGCAUGUAACGACGACGACGAGCUGAAGCUGACGGCGCUGCGGCUCUGAAGUCAGAACCACCGGCUGGUGGUUAGAGAAAAAGGAUAAGGAGAAAAAUAUUUGGUUCUUCCCUUCUCUCCAUAGCCAGCACGAUCCACCUCCACGCUGCUGUUGCUGUUGCUGUUUACAUGAUCUGAUGAUGAUUAAUAUGGCCUGAUCUACGAAUCGGCCUGCUUGUUGCCGCUGGUAGCGGUGAUUAUUGCCGACUACCGCCGGCAGCUCGCUGUGGUUGUUGUAAUAUAGCAACGUUUUACUUGCUUCCUCUUGUGAGGAAGUAGACACCUAAAGUAACUUAUUUUCUUUUUAGCCACAUGUGUUACUGUUACUCAUUUAGGCUCAUUUGUUUCGAAUUGAGAACAAUGGAAAACAAAGUUUUGUUUAUGAGAA